AUGACGCAAUAUAGAAACAUACAUAGGGUUGAGAAAAGAGAUCCAGUGUCUAAGAACUUGAACUUUAUUCGUAAUACAAAUUAUACUAGUCACAUAAUUAAGAAGAGAUACAAUAAUCAAUAUUAUGUUGUAAGCGCACAACAUAGGGAUUGGAUGAUUGAAAUAUUAUCAGUUGAUAUAUCAGUAUGGAAUUGUUGUAGCUUAAAUGCUCAUUUCAGACUCCUAAAUGCUCAUUUUGAAUCACUAAUGAACAUUUCAGACAAUGUCCCAAAUGCUUAA